AUGACCGAUUCCGACAAAGUGGGAGACAUGUUUUACGAAGAGAUCCAAGCCCUCCCGACGACUGUGCGCAAGACGGAUAUGCUGAUUUCCCUUGGUGAAUUCAGUGUCCACGUCAGGACAGAGCAAGCUGCCUGGGAGGGAGUGCUGAUCCCACAGAAAUGGCAGUUGCAGCGUCAAAAACCUGCUCCUUCUGCGAACCUGCGUGGGGCACCGCCUCUUACUGAUCAACACCUUCUUCCGCCUCUUGAUUCUGAAGAAGGCGACAUGAAUGCAUCCCCGUGCGCGACGCUAGCAGCUGUCGGGGUACGUCCCCCUACGGAGGCGAGAUUGAUAGGAUGUGAUCGUGAUAAAGGUGAUCUGUGACGUCAAUGGCUGGAUGGAUCAUUUCUUUGUCGUCUCCAUGGUGAGGCCUCGGAUGCAUCCUCACAGAAAACCAAAAGGCGAGCGCUCACCGAUUGAAUACUUCUCUACUGAAUUUUUCUGCUCACCGCUUCGAUUUCAGCAAUCGAUUGGCCCACCUCCUGGAUGAUCUGCAGGCUCCCGCCUUGGAGACACGGUGGCGGCAACUGUGGAACGCCAUCCAGUCCACCGUCUUGGACGUCCUCGGACGCGCAUGUCGUCAGCAUCAGGACAACAACGACGCAGAUAUCAGCAACCUACUCGCCGAAAAGAACAGACUAAACAAAACUUACAUCGACCACCAGAUCGACGCAGGCAACGUGGCCUUCUUCAAAUGGCGCCGCUCGUACAGCAACGGCUGUGGAAGAUGCAGAAUGCGCGGUUGGCCUGCAAUGCAGAGGAGAUCCGGGGGAUGCGGAGGACGAUGAAACAAAGCACUACUUCGCUUCAAUCAAGGCGGCUUACGGACCGCACAUCAAAGAGGCUGCGCCCCCUGCCAGGCCCCGGUGUGACAACAGAGAAAUCACAGCCUCUGAAGCGCUGGGCUGAACGCUUUAGGAACUUCCAUAAUCUCAGUCGCUGUCAUCAGCAGACUUCCAAGGGAAAAGGUAUAACGGCCUGAACCUUCCGUCUUGCCUCCCGGAAACAAUCAAAUCCGUGCAACGGCUCCACCAGGGGACGGUACCGGUGUUGGACGCAAUCCCCGCCGAAGUCUACAAGUACGACGACACUGGGCUGAUGGACAAACUUAUUGCACUGUCGUCGGCUAACCAAAUGACAAGCCCAACCUGGAAAGAAUGGAGAUUUAAACCUUGACCGCCAGGCUUAGUGCCGCAGGUUCGUUGUCCUGUCGCGGGUGGUGCUCGGGAAUAUUAACCACCGUAGGGGCCGGGGGGGGGGGGGUGUUUGUUAACCGGAUUAUGGGUCGUGCUUGUUGCGUUGCGACAUGGGAUUCGAAUUAGAACCUGCACAUGUACCCGCAUAGCACGAGCUCGUUCCGCAACCUGAUCGUUGAGCGCCCAUCUGUAAUAAUUGAUAUUUCCGAUCACAGCCGACAGGACAACGGGCCCGUGGCUCAAUGGUAGAGUGUCAAACUCCAUGACCAAAGAUCCAGGGUUCGAAUCCUAAGUGGUCCACACUUGGGGUUGGGUGUGACUGGCUGAUGACGAACAAAAAGCCAGAAAUGGACAUUCCGGUCUCCCUUGUCUAUGUUGGUGCCAUAUAAUUUUCAUCUACUACUAGUCGCUGUGAGACUGCCUGCGAGGGCUCAGGUAUGAGCCCCAAGGCACAACGGAACGGGCGCGUUUCGUAAUCUGAUCGGUGAGCGCCCAUCUAUCACACGACGGCCGCUUACUGGCACGAACGUCAAGCGAUUAUCGAUUUUUUAAGUGCACUCAUGAUGUAAACUGUGUUGGCAAAUUCGCUCUCCGUCUGGGUCUGACGACGAGCCGGGUGCCGUUGGAAUCCAGUCAGAUGUCAUAAUUGUGAGUGGCGCGUGGAUCCUUUCUCGAGUGUGAACCAGUGCCUCAUCGUGGUCGAUAUAAUAACAGCCCCCGACAGUAACGAGUUGUCAAAGACCUUGGUCUAUGCUCUUGUGGAGGGUAGUCUGAAUAUAGAAUCAGGUGGGCAAAGGUUGCCUCCUUCUGAUGGUUCAUGUUAAGCACGAAACUGCUGUCUGGGUCCGUCUUAUUGAUGUUAGACUACUUCGGCUGCGGUCGCCAUCCGAAAUGGCGAUCGACAGAACGUCCAGGUGACAAAGGCGAUCUGUGGAGCCGAUGGUUGGACGGAGCAUUGUCUCAUCGUCUCCAAGAUGAGAACUAGGAUGCACCUUAGCAGGAGGCCAUAAGGUAAGUGAUCACCAGUUAAUUUAAGUACGUCUCUAUUUAAUUUAUUUGCUCCCCCCCCCUCGUAUUCGCCUCUGGAUUCCCCGAUCCCUCCCAUCCAGCCUCCGUGCUUUCUUCAAAAAUCCCCAUCGAUAGGGGCAAGGCGAACUUUACUGCUCAGUUGACGUCAUCAGUACACCGUGCUCCAGCCUCAGGCCCGUGAAAUCUUUCUUGUUCCAAAAACGGGUUAAACGGUAAAUGGACUGAACCAUAUCCUUGCCGACAACCCCUAAACUCCAGCUGCCGACAUGCUGUAACGGGUCCUAGUGCGUCACCUUUACCCCAAUGAGAAGCGUGCUGAUUCGGCGUGGCGAUGAAGUCCCCAGGAUCGAGCUCAGUCUCCCUUCCCUUCAGCAUGUACCGCUGGCCUCUCCGAGCAGUUCAACAGGCUAGUAAUAACAUCGGGUCCAGUGGUUGAUGUAGCAUAAAACAUUUAGUUUACGUUCACCACACACGUGCUGGUCCCCCAUCUACCUUGACCAUAUCUUGCUAAACAUAGGCUAAAUUUGCGCAGAAUCACAGGCGAUGUUUCAGUCUUCGUAAUUACGUUGGCAAACUGCAUUACAUAACUGUCGCAUUGUUUAUGUGCAGUACAUUGCUGAUAGCUGGCAAGCCGCAGCAGCAGCAGCAGCAGCAGCAGCAGCAGCAGCAGCAGCAGCAGCAGCAGCAGCAGCAGCAGCAGCAGCAGCAGCAGCAGCAGCAGCAGCAGCAGCAGCAGCAGCAGCAGCAGCAGCAGCAGCAGCAGUGA